CUCUGAAUUUCAUUUAACAAAGUGGUGCGCGCAGACGGGGCGCUGGACUUGAGGCAAACAACACAUACCUAGUAACCGAUUGUGAUAGCUGUUAAAAAUAGAAUUCCGGACGUAGUCUGAAAUUGACCCGAGCAAAAUUUUUAACGUUCAUUUUAAAGGCAGAAACGUAAAUUACGUUACAAAAAAUAUUCUUUGGCUUGCUCCUCUUUUGUUCGUUGUUGAGUGAGUGUGUGCAUGCGUGUCAAUUUAACAGUGCAAAAGCUCCAUAUAGACCUUCGAUUACUUGCGAGGACAAGCGGAAGCGGCAAACACACGGCCAGACUUAUUUCCGUUGAGUGAAAGUCAAUUUAUUGUAUGAGUCAAAAAACUGAAAGACCAGUGCUAUCGGGUCAACGCAUCAAGACCAGAAAAAGAGAUGAAAGAGAAAAAUAUGACCCAACGGGAUUCCGUGAUGCGGUCAUUGCUGGUCUCGAAAAAACUGAAGGCGACCUGGAACAAAUCUCUAAAUAUCUAGACAGCGCGGGCAACAAGCUCGACUAUCGUCGUUACGGUGAAGUUCUCUUUGAUAUAUUGAUUGCAGGAGGUCUACUAGUGCCUGGCGGUUCCAUAUCUCAGGAUGGCGAGAAGCCGCGUACAAACUACUGCAUCUUUGAUGCUCCCGAGAGCAUGGAGGCCAUGCGCAACCAUGAGCAGGUAUUUGUUAAGCUUAUCAGACGGUACAAGUACCUUGAGAAAAUGUUCGAAGAAGAGAUGGGAAAAGUUCUAUUAUUCGUAAAGGGCUUUACUCCAAGUGAACGCAUCAAGCUUGCGCGUAUGACUGCGCUCUGGUUAGUUAACGGCUCUGUACCGCCAAAUGUCUUACUGGUACUAAACAACGAGCACCUGAUCAAGGAUGGCAUUGCACUGGAGUUUCUACUAGAGCUGUUCCAGACGUUCAAGCAAGAGAAGGGCAUUGCAUAUCUGAUACAGGCGCUUAAGAAGGGUGGACUGGAAAGCAAACUUAUGGACUUUUUCCCACCAAACAAACGUACUGAGGAAUAUUUUAAACAAGUUUUUCUUGACAAAGAACUCAACGAGAUCGUUAAGCUGCAUAAGGCUCAGGCUAGCCAGGAGGCGAAGCGCGAGCUGCAGCAGGCGCUCAUCGAUGAUAUCAACGAUGACAAGCCACACAAUGAGAUAACCUCAGACAUUAAGGAGUUCUCUCAACGCACCAACAUUCCCGAUCAUGAAAUUAUUGUCAUUAUUUGGUCCACCAUCAUGUCAUUGGGCGAAUGGAACAAAAAGGAGGAGCUGGUUACCGAUCAGGCUGUUCGUCACCUAAAGACCUAUUGCACAUUGUUGCAGGCUUUCGCCUCGACAGAUCGUUCAGAGUUAGCUCUAAUCUUGAAGGUGCAGGAGUUUUGCUACGAGAACAUGAACUUCAUGAAGGCCUUCCAAAAGAUCAUUUUGUUAUUCUACAAGACCGAGGUCCUGUCCGAAGAGAUCAUCUUGCGCUGGUACAAGGACGGUCACUCCAACAAGGGAAAGAUGCAUUUCCUCGAACAAAUGCGCAAGUUUGUCGAAUGGCUCCAGUCAGCCGAAGAAGAAUCGGAAUCUGAAGACGAACAAAAGAAUGGAGAGUAACACGUUGGUUAAUGGCUAAAAAAAAAGGAACAAUACAAUCGGAGCCGCCCUUUACCAUCCGAUAAUUCGGAACCAGCAUCUGCAACAGCCAGUCGAACUAUAUAUACAAACCACCCUAUGAAUAACGUCAUUUUGAGAAACUCCACCUAUAUAACACUCAAAAAAUUCCAACAAUAAAGGAGAGAGUAAAACAACCGUCAUGCUAGAAAUUAAAUGUUCGUAGUCCUCUGUCCGAUAUCUUAGAUUUCCAACUGCUUUCUGUAUAUCAAUCGAAAUUUCACAUUUAGUUCCCGUUGAAACACCCAGUAUACCCAAGAUGAACAGAUAAGACAAACUGAUAAAAAUGUGUUAAUAAAAGCUUAAAGUAUAACAAUACCAAAAAAAAUCAGAAAAACGCAGUCAACGCUCGAAACGCAACUUCAUACAGGAAAUCAUUCGAUAUCUAUUAAACUUCGAGACCGACUAAAAUUCGACUGUACUGUCGAAGUUAACUGUGCGGAAACCGAUUAGGAAAUAUAGAAAAACAAGGAUGGUAGAGACGCUUUAUGUUAAAAAAGGGCUGUUUCCCGUUUGUAUGUUCGCAUUAUUUAUUUACAAAAUUAUUCCCACAUAUGCAUAUAACAUCAAGACGUAGUAUUCUUCCUCAAAUGAUCCGCUCCGUCGACAAAAAAGGACAUCGACGAGUUGUUUUCAAAUCGGAGAUUGAGAGAUCAACAUUGACUUGCAUGCUAGCAAGUUUCACCGAAACAUAUUUGAACAAAAUCGAUGAAAUUACGAAAUAUUAAUUGCAUGGAAGUACAUAUAAGUAUACAACCAUUAAAUGAAAAACAACA